AUGGCACCUGAUGACCGUCGCGUGGCUAUAGUCACUGGUGCAAACAAAGGUGUCGGCUUAGCAUUGGUUCGUCGGAUCGCACUGGAAUAUGCCUUCUCAGAGCUAUAUCAUAGAUCCAAUCAGCACUUGACAAUCUACCUGACCGCCCGUUCCAGUGAGCGCGGCCUACCAGCCCUCGGCAGCGUUUUAAGUGAUACAGACCUAAAGACCAAACGCAUCUUCGACGAUGAUGGAGGUCUGGUCCAGAUUCGUUUUCACGAACUCGACAUCAACGUCAAAUCAAGCAUUCAAAACUUCGCAGAAGCGGUCUCGCGAGAACAUCGCGGGAUCGAUAUUUUGGUCAAUAACGCAGGAACGCUGUCGGCAGAAACAGACGAGCGCGCAGUCCGUGAGACACUGCAAUGCAACUACUACGGCACCCUGAAUUGCAUCGAGGCCUUCUCACCACUGAUGCGACCAGGAGGCAGGAUUGUCAAUGUAUCCAGCUUGGUGAGCAAGAUUGCUCGAUACCCGGCCAACCUGAGACAGAGAUUCUACACGGCCCAGUCACCUCAAGAGGUGAACCAACUCAUGGACGAGUUCCUGGCGAGUGUAAUAUCAGGCCAACAGAUUGCCGAUGGAUGGGGUCCGAUUCCUUAUCCCGUGAGCAAGGCCGGGGUCACUGCUCUGACCAAAGUGGUCGCCCAACAACACAAGAGACUUGCCUCGGGCGUGCUGGUCAAUGCAUGCUGUCCUGGAUUUGUCGCGACGGAUAUCAAUGGUGGGGUUGGGAUGCGAGAUUCCUGGCGUGGGGCUGAAACUCCUCUGCUUUUGGCCUUGGGUGACAUUGAUAACACCACUGGAAAGCUCUGGGCAAAUGAGGACAUUGUUGAAUGGUACAGAUGA